GUUCUUACUUCAGUCUUCGUACAGUCUUUGCUUUAACCCGUUCCAACUCUGUCCGCCGCUCAGCUCGUUGGCUUUCUAUAGGAAUCGAAUCAAAUCACCUAGUAUAACAGCAGCAAUAACAUCGGGUCGGUAGCCUGUGUUGUUCCCUGGUUCCGUUUCGUUCAGUCAUCAUCGAAAGUUGGCGUCGCAGUCGCAGUUGCCGUCACCGUCGCCGCCUGCGCCCAAAACCAACCACCGCCACACACCUCCGCCAACGCCAUCGACAUCCUCUCCACCACCGCUAGUAGCAACAUCAGCAGCAGCAGCAGCAGCAGGAGCCAGAACCAGAACACUCUCUCACACACUCUCCACUCACUCACGAAUUUCAAUAUCCAAAUCAAAGUCAGGUUCAAAUCGAAAACAGCCGCAACAGCAGCAACAACACCUCGCAAAAAGCACGCGGAUAAUAAUAAAAAGAAAAUAACUCACGCAGUUCGCAUCCAGUGUCCGACUUGAACAGAUCACAUCAGUCCAGAUCCAGUUCCAGAUCCAGUCCCCGAGAAUAUUAACUCUCGAAGCUUACAAAUAGAAAAGUAAAAUCAAUCGACUUCCGGCUUCGCAGUGUUUUCACUUUUUGCGCGUGUGAAUCAAAUUAAACCAAUCAAAAACUCAACUCUAAUUUUCAUUUCCCAGUGUCUCUAUCGCACUUUGCGCUCUCAAAAAUAGUCAUAAUUACAAGAUCCGCAACAAGAAACUUUGAUUGAAAAAACAAUUCAAGAGAAUCCAACAUUAAAAUAAACUCUUCACUCCUCAUCCAACUUCAACGACACUGACUCGACACUUAAUUGCAAUCAGAAACCGACAUAGAAAUGCCGGACAAGUCCCAGCAUAAAUGAAAUAAAUCCAGAGCUAAAGACAACAAAACUGCAAACGAACUCCCUCGUAUUUUUCUAAGCCCAAAACCAAACCAAACCCCUUUGAAACCCGCCCCGCCCAAAUACCCAUCAGCCAUCAAACUACCGUACAGAAUUCAUUAAAAUAAAUCAAAACCGAAGAAAGCAAAAUAAUAAGAAAAUAAAACCAUACAAAAAGGCACAAAACAAGAAACAGGCCAAAAGUGGUGAAUUGUUGCUAAAUCAAUAGAAUACCGCUACAGAAGUCGGUACAGAACAGUAUUUUAAAAUAUAUAAGAAAUAAGUGAAAUCGAAGAGAUAUUUACAAAAAUCAAGAUCCUGUUGAGGCAUACAUGAGAGAAUUGUGAAUUUUAUAGAAAUUUAUAAAUCGAUAUACAUCUAUAUAUUUGUAUGUUCAGUUGUUAAUUUUGAGCGUUAUUUAAAGAGGCAUUUAUACGCAGAAAGUUGUGGGAGAAAUCAAUUACCAAAGGUGACUACAAAGGGAAAUCUGCAAGAACAAGAAAACGGAAAAAGGUGAUAGCCAGCAGGGUCGACGGUAAGGGCGACAGAGAAGCGAUAGAAUGCAAAGGUUGUUAAAUUAAAAUUAAGUAUAAAUAUUUACAAGGAGCGAAUAAACGCGUUAAAUAGCAACAUAUCAGCAUUAAAGAACAACAAAAUCAAUUAAAGAAAGGCAAUCGAAAGAGGCUGCGGGAGAUAGGAAAAAUCAAACAGAAGUAGGAGAAAUAGUUAUAUGAAUAUUGAUGCUACCAAACAAUCAAACCCAAUCGAACCCCAAGAUUCCGAAUUAAAUCAAAGUACUCAGAAUAGAUAAAUUCCUGUUUACACAUUGGUAAAACAUCGGUUGCAGGAGCCGUAGGCAAUGUCAAUUUGUAAUUCGUAAGCAAGCAACGUCAAUCAGAGGCCGACUCAAUCUCAAUCACUUUCAGUCGACACUUAAAUGUAAGACAGAUUUUUGUAGCUUCGUCUCUAGCAUACAGUAAGGGGUUAACGUUUUUAAGGAAGUAGGGUUAAAGAGGGAUCGCCGGGUACAAUCAAUGCCUCGAUCGACAAGAAAUCGCGUUUUGACAAUCACACGAAAUUAGCGUAUUUCAUAUACACAUCAGAUAUAUCGCCUCCGCGCGUAAUAUAGGAUUUAUAUACAUCUUCUCUACAGCAUAUAUUUACGAAAAACGUUUGCUAGCCUUGGCACUUUACAUGUUCUAAAUCAAACCUCUAUUCUAUGACAAUCUAUGAAACCACUUUCCUCUAUUAAAAUAAAAUAACGAAAGCGGUCUAAACAAUUUACAAUCAAUCAUCUUGCAAUCAACUAGAACUUUAAACAAUCUUCGAACGGUUUUCAAAUCUCUAUACACAUAUUUAUAUACGUCUAACCAUAGUAGUGAUAUAUUUCAAUAUUAACAUUUUUAGAAACACUUUAAACACGCUCAAAGUCAGAUUAAACAAGGUAGUCUUAGCUAAGCUGAUAGCUGUUCUUUUAUCUAUCGAACAAGUUUAGCAACAAUUUGCGUAAAGCUUUACAUCACACAAUCGGCAUAGCUAUCAUGGAAAACUAAUUCAAUUGGCAUUAUAUUAUAACAAUAAGCAGAGCUCAUAUAUUCACCAAAACACGCAAUCCAACAAUCCCAGUGUAAUUUUCCCCAAAACUCAAAAUACGCCAAAUACUAAAACAAAAGAAAAUCGAAACGAAAACUUUUAACUCAAACGCACCAAAAAAUAUAACUCAAGAAAAACCAAGUGCAAGCGGAGGAAACUUUAAUAAACAUUUGUUGCCAAUAAAACUGUCAUCAUUGCCGCGUUAACAGAAACCACGGCGUCAGCAGCGAUUGCAGCGCUCAGUAUCAGCAGCAGCUCUCAAGCGUCGCUAGCCGCCAACGCCUCCGCCACGCCCACAUCGCCGCCCACUUCGUCAGUGGCAGCAGCAGCAGCAACGGUAAAGAGCGAGAUCGUUGAAUCCGAUUCGGCGGAGACCUCCCCUAUACAAGAUUUAAUAAUGCGCGGAAGCGACGAACUUUUGAGUCAAGCAGCAGUCAUGGCGCCCGCUUCUGACAAUAACAAUCAGGACCUGGCCACAAAGAAGGCCAAGCUGGAGCCGGGUACCGUGCUGGCCGGCGGAAUUGCCAAGGCCUCCAAAGUCAUCCACUUGCGCAACAUUCCAAACGAGUCCGGCGAGUCGGAUGUGAUUGCUCUGGGCAUUCCAUUCGGACGUGUGACCAACGUGCUGGUGCUCAAGGGCAAGAACCAGGCGUUCAUCGAGAUGGCUGACGAGAUUUCCGCCACGUCAAUGGUGUCCUGCUACACAGUCAAUCCGCCCCAGAUGCGCGGCCGCAUGGUCUAUGUGCAGUUCUCCAACCAUCGCGAACUGAAGACUGACCAGAGUCACAACAACUCGGUUGUCCAGAGCGACUACCGCAUCCAGUCCCCGGCGGGCGGAUCGCCCUUGCCCCUUUGCGCCGCUAAUGCGACCAGCAACAAUGCCAACAGCUCCGCCGAAAACACCUGCACUGCAGUGGCCAUCUUGAACAGCGCGAAUGCGGCCGGCAACAACACGAACUCCGCCGGCGGCCCCAACACGGUGCUUCGCGUGAUCGUCGAGUCGCUGAUGUACCCCGUUUCGCUGGACAUACUGCACCAGAUCUUCCAGCGCUAUGGCAAGGUGCUGAAGAUUGUCACCUUUACCAAGAACAAUUCAUUCCAGGCCCUGAUUCAAUAUCCGGACGCAAACUCCGCCCAGCAUGCCAAGUCACUCCUAGACGGACAGAACAUAUACAACGGCUGCUGCACGCUGCGCAUCGACAACAGCAAGCUAACGGCACUGAACGUGAAGUACAACAACGACAAGUCACGCGACUUCACGAACCCCGCGCUGCCACCGGGCGAACCGGGCGUAGACCUAAUGCCUACCGCCGGUGGGUUGAUGAACACUAAUGAUCUGCUGUUGAUCGCCGCCCGUCAGCGGCCUUCUCUUACAGGUGAUAAAAUAGUCAACGGCCUAGGCGCCCCAGGAGUCUUACCACCCUUCGCUUUGGGCCUGGGCACUCCGCUGGCCGGCGGCUACAGUAAUGCCCUGCCCAACUUGGCCGCCUUCUCGCUGGCCAACAGUGGGGCCCUGCAGACGGCCGCUCCCGCCAUGCGGGGCUACUCGAAUGUUCUGCUUGUCUCGAAUUUAAAUGAGGAGAUGGUCACGCCUGAUGCUCUCUUUACCCUCUUUGGUGUAUACGGCGAUGUGCAACGUGUAAAGAUUCUGUACAACAAGAAGGACUCGGCACUCAUACAGAUGGCGGAGCCCCAGCAAGCCUAUUUGGCCAUGUCUCACCUUGAUAAAUUACGUUUAUGGGGCAAGCCGAUACGUGUGAUGGCCAGCAAACACCAGGCCGUACAGCUGCCAAAGGAGGGACAGCCAGACGCGGGUCUCACACGUGACUACUCGCAGAAUCCGUUGCACCGCUUCAAGAAGCCAGGCAGCAAGAACUACCAGAACAUCUAUCCGCCGUCAGCGACACUGCAUUUAAGCAACAUUCCCUCGUCCUGCUCUGAGGAUGACAUCAAAGAAGCCUUCACCUCAAACACCUUCGAAGUCAAAGCAUUCAAAUUUUUCCCGAAGGACCGCAAAAUGGCGCUGCUGCAGCUGUCGUCCGUAGAGGAGGCCGUUCUAGCACUGAUUAAGAUGCACAACCACCAACUGUCUGAGUCGAACCAUCUGCGCGUUAGCUUCUCCAAGUCCAACAUCUAGAAUUCGAUCCGAAGUCAGGUUUACUGAACCUGACUGGGUGCCUUCGGCGGGUACAGCUAUAUGCAACAACACCUACAGGUCUAUUGGCAGCAA